GCCGAACGGAAAGAGAAAAAGAUUCAACUACACUACGAGAAUGAAAUUUGAAUUAUUAACAUUACGGGUUGGUUUCUUACUUUCUUUCUUUCUUUCUUUCUUUCUUUCUUUCUGUCGUUCUGUCUUUCUUAUUCAACAGUACAGAGUUUAAUGGGCGUUAAACAGGACGCGUUCUUUCAUGAUGCACCUCUUGGUCAUUGCGUCGCGCAAAUUUGCUUCCACUUGAAACAUUUUAAACGCCUCUUCAUACCGGUGUUCUCCAUUCUGUUGUUUCUGAACCCAAUAACGGCGCUUUAGUUUGUGAAGUCCUCAUACUAAAGUCCCCCACCGGGACUCUUUCAGUUCCCCUUUGGUUUACGUGCAACUGUAAACCCGCCUCAGAAAAACACCAGAAGCUUCACUUCCACUUUACUCAACUAAUCACAUUCUGUCUGUCUCUGUCUGUGAGCGUCUGAAGAGCUCUGAAUCCCCCAUCAUCCAGCAUGUCUCUCCCGCAACAGCUGCGCGAUGAAAGUGAUUUCGACCAGCUUCCAGACAACAUCCCAGUCACUGCAACCAUUGCUGACAUUGAGGAAAAGAAAGGUUUCAUUGUUUACUAUAGGUUUGUAAUUGAGGUGAAGGCCAAAGGCAACAGUAAAUACCUGAUCUACAGAAGGUAUCGUCAGUUCUUGACUCUGCACCAGAGUUUGGAGCUUAAGUACUCAGCUGAAGCCCAGCCGGGAUACUACACCUGCCAACUACCUACCCUGCCAGCUUCAGAGAUGAAGUCGCUACAAAAGAGGAACUUCUUAGCAAUAAAAUUCUCAUUUAGGUUUGUCAGCCUUUCACUUUGUCUGUCAUGUACACGAAAACUCAGAGAAAAUGUUGUAGAAACCACUUCUUCUUCUGUUAUUCAUCUAAAGUUCACAAUGCUUUCUUUUCUCUCUUUCUCUCUUACUAGAAAAACCGUAAAGCCCAAAACGGACCUUCUCUCCGCACCCAGAGCAGAGGCAGUGUUUGACUUCAGCAGCAGCGGACGCCUGGAGCUCAGUCUGAAGGCUGGAGAUGUGAUUUUCCUCUUGCGGAGAGUCAACGCAGACUGGCUGGAGGGCACAGUAAGGGACAAAACUGGAAUCAUUCCCGAGUCGUUCGUGAACAUUAUUAAACCUCUUCCGGAGAGUGACUCUGACGAAGAGGGCGGAGCUUUCAAGAGCGGGAAUCGUGCUCCGAGUUCAUACAGCUGCCUGCGCUGCUAUCUGCUACAGCCAGAGGGCAUCGGCACAAGGGACAUUUGUGUUGAGGAAGAUCUCUCUAUUCAACCGUCUUAUGAAGAUCUGCUUUCCCGAAUGAGGGACGUCUUUCAAGUGGAAGCUAUUGCUUUGAACUACAGGGACCCUGAGGGCGAUCUGAUACGGAUAUUAGACGAUGAAGACGUCACUCUCAUGGUGCAAGAGAGCAAACAGACGGGGUCAAAGGUCAAGCGGCCCGUGAAUCAGUUUCCCUGGGAGCUGCUGGUCACGCAUGCCAAAGAUCUGUCCGUUUACAACACCGAGUAUUGAAACGAGCGAACGUCAUUUCCAAAUCAUUUGCACAACGUUUCUUAGUUUAUGGGGUUUUCAAAUUGCAAACUAUUUUUGGUUACUAAAAGGGAUAGUUUACCCAAUAAUAUUUCACCAUUUUGUCGUAUUUACUCAUCCUUGAAUCGUUUGUGACUUUUGAAGCAGAAUCAGUUGAUCCCGUCUGAAUGAUUCAUUUAUGAAUCAGAGUGAAUCGGUUCAGUGAUUCACCGAAUCACUGAUCUGGUAACAACAGUUCAAAGAUCACUGGAAGAUAAUCCCUGAAUAAUAACAACUUAAUUGUCCAAAAAAUUAUUAAAUGACUUC